AUGAUGGUCGUCUGCAUCCUACUCGCCCUCCCAACCAUAAUGGACAUCUUUCCACCCGCCAAAGCCACCCCCGAAGGCCAAAUCCUGUUAACUCAACGCAUAACAUCCAUUAUCCUUGUCAUUCUGCUCCUCACAUUUCUCAUCUUCCGCCUCGGCACCCAUGCAGCCAUGUUCGCCAGCACACCAUUCAGCCAACGAGACCAAGUCCACAACGGCCAUCAGUCUCGCCCGAGCCAGAUUGUCGAGGCCCGGAUCCCAUAUCUUUAUCUCGGCAAUGGUACAGCAGCUAUAAUUCUGGCAGUUGCAUCUGCGUCUGCACUCGCAUGCACUUAUUACAUAGUCGACAGUUUGAGUGGAGUUGCUGCGAUCACGGGGAUUAACCAGUCCUUCUUUAUUGUGACGUUUGUUCCUCUGCUCGGGAAUUCAGUCAAGUACAGCUCCAUUGUGGUGGGGUCCCGGUCUUUCAAUCAAAUUGAGCUUGGAAUCAGGGCUAUUAUUAACAAUGUGCUGCGGGUUACGAUGCUUAUUGCUCCACUACUGGUCCUGGUUGCUUGGGCUUUUGAUCAACCUCUUAUUCUCAGGUUUGAUGGGUUCGAGGCUACGACCCUUUUGCUUAGUGUUGUGGUCAUGACUUAUCUUAUUUCUGAUGGGCGGAGUAAUUACUUCGAGGGGUUGACGCUGAUUGGAACAUACGCUAUCAUUGUGUUUUCGUUCUUUGUCAGGCCUGAGGAUCCAUUGAAUGUGAUAUUUCUAGGUGCUUAG